AUGGGAGCAAGGAGCAGGCAUGCCCAGCGCGCGCUGUGCCGUGCCGUGCUGUGCCGUGCCGUGCCGUGCCAUGCCACGCGCUCCGGCAGCACCAUCCUGGUGGAGCCGGGCUGCAGCGCCAGCCUCACGGCGCUGGGCGACGUGCGCCUGGAGGUGGGCGCGCACCGGGCACCCACCGCCGUGGGGCCCGACCUCGACCCCGUGCAGCUCUCCAUCUUCUCGCACCGCUUCAUGAGCAUCGCAGAGCAGAUGGGCCGCGUGCUGCAGCGCACGGCCAUCUCCACCAACAUCAAGGAGCGCCUGGACUUCUCGUGCGCGCUCUUCGGGCCCGACGGCGGCCUCGUGUCCAACGCGCCGCACAUCCCCGUGCACCUGGGCGCCAUGCAGGAGACCGUGCAGUUCCAGAUCCGCGAGCUGGGCGAGGAGCUGCGCGAGGGCGACGUGAUCCUGAGCAACCACCCGUGCGCGGGCGGCAGCCACCUGCCCGACCUCACCGUCAUCACGCCGGUGUUCUGGCCCGGCGUGGCGCGGCCCGUGUUCUUCGUGGCGAGCCGCGGGCACCACGCCGACAUCGGCGGCAUCACGCCGGGCUCCAUGCCGCCGCACUCCACCACGCUGGAGGAGGAGGGCGCCGUGUUCGUGUCCUUCAAGCUGGUGAAGGGCGGCGUCUUCCAGGAGGAGG